CCGCUGGUCGGGCCAGUGGAGCGACUGAUCAAUGAGCGGCUCAGAACAAAGCCGCACUGCCGCUGUGGAACACCGCGUCUCUCCAAAACUUUUAUUACCUCCCUACAGACCUCACCAUGACCAACAAAACGACCCCUCUGCUGUUCCGGGCGCUAGUGGAGAUGUCCGAGGCGUGCUCCUCUAAAGCUGUGCGAGGAAAACCCACUAGAGCAAAUAUCAGGCACUUGGGCUCGUGUGGCGCCCUGGCAGCCAGGCGAGCCACCCUGCCCCUCUGCCCUGCAGCCCCUGUCCACCCCCCCAGCCGCAGCUUCAUCAACCUGGCUGCUCCCAUCAGCACCCGAAGGAUGGAGUACACCGAGUGCCGGACGCUUGGGUACACUCCAGAGCAGAUGUUCAGUGUGGUAGCCAAUGUGGAUCAGUACCAGCACUUUGUUCCCUGGUGCAAGAAGUCUCGGAUCAUGAAGGGACGGAACGGCGACGUCCGGGCGGAGCUUGAGAUAGGUUUCCCCCCCAUUGUGGAGCGUUACACCUCUGAGGUCACGGUCGUCCCAAACCACCAAGUCAGGGCUGUGUGUACUGACGGAUCCCUCUUCAGCCAUCUUGAAACAAUAUGGAGGUUUGCACCCGGAGCCAAGGACCAACCAGACUCCUGCAAGGUGGAUUUCUAUGUAUCGUUUGAGUUCAAGUCUCUGCUACACUCUCAGGUGGCCACCAUGUUUUUUGACGAAGUGGUAAAACAGAUGGUCGGCGCCUUUGAGUCACGAGCAGCCCGGCUGUACAGGAGUCAGUAGGAGGCAUCGGCACGGAGGUGGUCACCAUGAGGAUGAACACUUUGACCCCUUUCAGCGUGGACCAUCAGCCAAACCUCACUAAACACCUCCCGCUGCCACCUAAUUUCAACACUGGACCGCUCUCUCGACCACAACCACCCGACUUCAACGUCUUACCCAGGAGACUGGAUCUUCUUUUUGCACUGCAUCAUAUUUCUUACCUGUGUUCACAUGCACACAAAACACACUUUAAAUCUAUUUAUUUAAAUGCCACAAACUAAUUUAUUUACGUACAUGUACUUUUUUUGUUUUGUUUUGUUUUGUUUUGUUUGGGAUAAGAAUGAAUGUGUGCUUUCAAAUGUUCAUGACGAAAGUAAAUGUUUGUUUGUAAAAUUGUGGAAUAAUUUGUGGUCAAGUGACUUUAAACAUCUGAAAUGGUGCAGAAGAGCUUUUUCUUGUCCAGCAUAUUUUAUUGUGCCAGUGGAAUAUUAAAAAGCUCUAUUUGGUAAA